GUCUUUUUAACUUGUUAGAAAUAAAAGGGAUUUAAUCCACUACGGUCCGUUUAUUCUCACUUCUUGUGUUUGUAGUUAAAUUAUCAGAUGUAUUUCCAAUGCUAACGAAGAUGAAACCACAAUGGAAACAAGAAGAGACAUUGAACUUAAAUCGACAAUUAACCAAGAAAGUUAGUAAUAACUGGUGACAUGGGAACAAGCUUUAGCGUACUCUGUAAUAAUAAGAGAUCUACGGUGGUCAUUUCUGCGAGCGUCCAAAACAUAAAACAAGAAGAUGUAAAUGACAAUAUCAUAAAGUCACCCCGGAAGUUACAUCCAUGUGAGUCACGUGACUCUGGUAUAGAAAAUGAAAUUCCACACGGACUCCCCGGCUUUAACACCGUAGAUGGCGAAAAUAAUAUAAUCGACGAAGAUGUAGAUGGCGACGACGAGUCGUCUGAUGAUGACAUCCUUCCAAGUGAAAUUACCAAAGUUUCUCGGCCUCACUCGUGUCGGCUCGGCACACGAUCAUCAUCUCGAAAGAAGCCCGAGGAUAUAGUAUUAGCAGAAGACAAAUUAGUGAAGAUUUUGAGAAAUGGUAAAACUGGAAAUAAUUCGUCAGAUGAAAACGAACAAGACAUUGAACGAGAGGACAGUUUCUAUGGUUGCACAAAACAAAAUAUUAAAUCAGAGCUCAAAUGUCAAGACAAAAGAACUAAAGUAAGUAGGUUAAAAAGUGGUAAAGUCACAAAUGGCGCCACAGUGAUUGGAGAUCUAAAUAGCUCAUCCGGGGAAUCCAGUGACGGUGAAACGUGGGUUAUUCCGGAUGAAACAAUUGAUCAGUCUAGGAGAUCAUCACAAAGAAAAGGCUGGGUAAGCCAAGAUGACGCUUUAGGUGAUGAAACGGAAUCUCCAACCCUGACGUCAAGAUCACAAAAUGGACUGGACUAUUACAGAAUAGUAAGUGACAGUUACCGACGCUAUGAUGCACAUAUUAUGAAGAAAGCAAGCGAGAUGUCUAUAUCCAGCAUCUUACUAAUGCCGAGUGAUGGCUUAAUAUCGCCUACUAACACAGAAUUGGAUGAACCUAUUAACUGUUUGCCUUUUCACCUGCAAAGGAAAAUGGACGACUUGGUGACGAUGUUUAUGAAUUCACUCCGUGAAAGACGUAGAAAAGGAAGACUUACUCAAACAGAAUAUGAGGGUAUAAUGAAGAAUCUACGGAAUCAGCUGGUCGCUUUUGUCUUCACUUGUAUAAAUAACGACUCAACACCCAGAAUAGAAGUCACGUCGGAAUCCAAGUCUUUGUUUUCGGAUAACCCAUGGGCUGUCCAGAUAAAUUUGCAUUCAGCAGAUGAGGAGAUUCUUCAAACUUCUGAGAAGCAAUUGGCUAAGCGACUUGUUAAGAAAGGUCUUAAUAUAAGUAAAGAAGACAUUGCAUGCUUGUUGGGAGACCAUCUCAGGACUAUAGAACAACUUCAACAUGUGAGGGAUUCGGGAAGGUUACAUACGUCCGAGACUAAUCAAGAUACAAAACAGAGACUAUUAUCUGCUCCUUCCUCUCGUAAAGAUAAUACAAAUAAUAAUAAAAGAAAAAAACCGCCACCUACCGCCCAUCCUAAAAUCAAUAAUAAUCAAAAGUCCAAGUCUUUAAGUGAGACUAAAUCUAACGUAUUGAAUAGUGCCAAAAACAAAAAGGUAAUUAAACCCAAAGGAAGCUUAAAAGGUAAUGCUGUAUGUCCAGUUGUUUUGGACAGCAGUGAUACUGAAAGUACGAUAGAAAAUAGCAGUGACUGUGAUACACCCAAGGCCAUGAUUCACUCUGACGCAACCGACACGAAAACAUACUGGAUACAACCAUCCAACAUUGACAAUCAAAACCAAGCUGCCGAUGAAGCAUUUACAUCGCUUAAUGCACCAAUGUUUACUGAUCAAAAGAGCAACCAAUCAAAACCUUAUAAUUCCGCUUUGAAGAAAACAAAUGGAACAGACUCUUUUCCUAAGGUUUUAAAGAAAAGUACAUCUGAUGCCGAUUUGCCAAACCUUCCACAGACAAAUUCUCCAGUAAAGGUCUCGAAACUAAAGAAAAGCAUUUCUCUGGAUGAACAGAAGCUGCAGUGUACACUUCCACCUAAUUUGACUAAUGAAGAAGCGGUAGUUGCCACAGAGUUGUGUCAAUUGUUCUGGAGCAGACGUCAAAGUCAGUCGAUGUCAGAGUACUGUCAGCAGAUAAAGACAGCGAGAGAUGAUUUCAUAUUACAAUAUGGUCAUUACUUCAAAGAGUUGAUUAAGGAUACACCGAGCAAGGGGAAACAAGGUGGUCAAGAAGCUACUCCAGAUGAAAUUGAACUGUUGGAUGUAUUUCAGGAAUUAAAGCGACUUGACCAUAGCUUCACCAAAGACAUUCUAGAAAAGUUAGAUAAAAAUGUCGUGACGGAAGAUAUUUUGGAAAAACUAAUUAUUAUACACAUGAGGAAAACAAGUUGUGUUACCGUUCAGACCAUUAAGGUUGCGGAAGCACCUUUAUCAAGAACGCAUAGUUUAACUGAUGCCAUAGACCCAAGACAAGAUGGGUUCACAAGCAGUGCAGGAAGCACCAUCAGCCGGAAAAGUGAACCGGACAUGCGGAGAUGGUCGAAAAAAGACGGAUUGGGAUCUAACAAUUCCGAUGAUAUUUGGGGAGAAGUGGAAAAAUACCAAAGAGCUAAAUCAGCACGCUCAAGAGUGGCCACGGGGAAACGCCGAGUCGGACCAGGAGUGAGACCAGGAGUUACACAAGUAAUUGGGAUUUCUCCAAUGGAACCUUUAAAUGAAGGCAUGGAGGAUAACAACCUCACGAAAGUGGAAGAGACGGAGGGUAAAUUCAGCGUUAAAAGCCGACCAGACAGUGGCAUCGCUGUAAGCAUGUCUUCCGGUAGUUACUCAAGUUACUCAAGCUCAGAUACCGCCAAGGAGCCAAGGGAUGAUAUUGACGAAGCCUGCCAAUCGGAAAUUCCUGAUGUUUUACUUGAUAGAGUAGAAAAAGUGAAACCUGAAGCAUUCAACGACAUUAAAAGUCUUGUUGCUGGAAUUACCAAAGGUCUAACAUCUACUGAGACGAAAGCUAUGGCGCUAUACCAGUGGCUUGUCAGGAUUAAUUUUGAUAAGUGCACAAAUACUACGAAACGAAUAAGUUCCCCAUGUGCUAAACUACGCCAGAUAGUAGACAAAAAGCUCAGUCAUGCGCAGUUCUAUCAGGAUUUAUGCAAGGCUGCUGGCAUUAAAUGUGAAAAGGUCGAAGGUUAUGUUAAAAACAAAGAUUAUCUUCCGGGAAAUACAGUGCAAUCAUCUAAAUUUUUACAUGUAUGGAAUGCAGUGAGCAUUGGUGGACAAUUCAGACUUGUAGAUCCUUGUUUCGGAGCAAGAAAAGAGAAAUAUUUCAUUGAUCACUAUUUUGCAACAUCACCAGACGAUUUAAUUUUAUCCCACUAUCCUAAGGAAAAGAGGUGGAUGUUAAUGAACCAGUCGUUAUCAGUAGAAGACUUUGAAGGCACGGUCAAAACAUGGCCGGCAAUGUUUCAUUUUAAUAUCCGACCGUUAAGUAUGAAAUCUGUUAUUCGGACUUACGAUGGUAAACUAAGUGUGACAGUGUUACUAAGAGGUGUGGCUGUAAUACCAGUGUUAGAGUAUUCUGGCCCUGGUGCAGAGUUGGACGCUGACUCACUUAAAGAUAACAUUGAUGAAGAAAUCCGAGACUCGGAAAACGCCGAGACAUUCCACAUAACAUUGCCACAAGAAGGAAAUUAUUACUUUACUUUAACAGCACAUAUCAUGAAUGAAAACAGAGAUGUGCCUGUGUUUCAAUAUCGUAUAGAAUAUGUCGAUGAAUUGUUAUGAGAUUAUGUACACGCAUAAAUCUUGAUGUUUUAUAUUUGGUGUUAAUUAACUCAAUUUGAAUGCAAAUGCUGAAAUUUGAUCAGCAUAUUACUGAUUUGGUAUAAUGUUUCCUUAUUGAGAAAGUAAUUUAAUAGCGUAAUUGAUUACCAAAAGUAUAUAAUUUCAUACGUGAUGCCAUAAAUAGAGACUGUCAUUAUAGAAAGCUAGAGAGAGGGUAAAAGUUUUAUUUUUAGGUCUUGUUGUGAAAUGUGUUUAGGUGCCAUAUCAUUUCCAUUCUAAUUGUUUUAUAAUUUGAAUAUAAAAUUGAAUUUGUUUACAAAUUGUUGUUUUGAUGAAUAAUAAUUUAUUUUCUGUUAUGUCUAUCUUGUCUGAAAACAUUGUACAAUCAAAAGACAGUGUGAGGAUUGGUAUCACCACAUGUUGAAAUGUUUUUGAAUUUCAAUGAAGUUACAGUGUAAAAGACACGGGUUAUCUCCCAUUUAACAAUAGGGUAUUUGGGUCACCCUUGUUGUCAAGAUCUAUUAUAUUGAAACAGAAAAAGGAUAGGUAACCAGUCUUAUUGAUCACAUUGAUAGCUCCAUCUGUCAAUGAAAAAACUGUAAACACAAUCAAAAUAUAGUACACAUUGAAAUAUUAACUUGUGCAAGCAUGUUUACAAUCUGAUUUGUAUUUAGAUGUUUUCAUAUUUAACAUUGAACACUGUUUGUAAACGUAUAGCGUGUGUGAUGCAAUACUGUUCCCUGUCCACUGGUUUCGUCCAUUUCCGUCUGUGGUCGAUACUGUGAACGGAAAUUGACGAUUAUAAUCGUUGGACUGUCCUCUGGUAGUCAUUAUUAUAUAUACCUACCUCGUUUGUUAUUUAACAUCUUAUGUAGAUAGUUUAUAAAUAUGGUAGAAUAGGGAAAGCUUUUCAAUAUAUUUAGGUAGACAUUCAAACUUUAACUUUUCUUUAAAGUUUAUUUUAAAAGUUAACUUCAUUUACUCUCUCCCUUUUAUGUAGAAAUUUCUUUAAAAUGAGAUUGUCCUUGCUUGCAAUCUCAACUGUAAAUUCUUGGUGUGGUCUAUGCAUUAGAUAUUAUAUCUGAAAUUAGUCAGAGAAAAUAUAAAAUAAAAUCCUUUACAUUAACCAAAUACAACCAUUUCUCUCUGCAAAUCAUUUGUUUCGUGUUUUCUAAACUGGUACCCCAUUCUACCAUAUUUUUGUUAGUGUUUGUUUGUGUUGUAUCAGCCUAAAUCAAAACGGUUAAGUUUGAAGGCUGGGACAUACCAUUUCAGUAUUGACAUGUAGCAAGUGCUCUUACGUUAUGUUUGUAUUAGGUUUAGAACUUCCGCAUUUAAUUUAUUGUUACAUUUUAUCAUUGUUAUCAUUAUCGAAAGUGCUACUGCUGUUGGGAUGUAAUCUCAUCAAAAUGAACUCACAGUACUCAUCUUUCUUUUAUUCAUUUCCUUAUUUCAAAAUGAAAUUCCAGAUUUCUGGAUUUAACUUUAACAAGUCGUUCUUUUGAUGGUAAAAAAGGAUAAACAAUGUAAACCUCUUCACUAGUCAAGUAAACUACUUCUAUUAUUAUGACGUUUUUUUGUUUUAUAGUUUUAAUCUGAAUUAAAAAAAUAUGGCUUUAUAUUUUGGUUUGAAAACAGGUGAACAAUAAUUUCCUCUUGGAAACGAAUAACACAUGCUAAAUUUUGUACUAUACCAUUUCAUUGGAGGUUAUACCAAUGGAAUAUUGUAUUUUUUAAGAAAAAACUUUGAGAAAAGUACGCUUGAGUUAGUAUAGCAUAAAUCUAAUAAUUUAAAAUUUUGGAAUUUUGAUUUUUUCGAAGAAUUUUGAAUUUCCUUAAUCUAUAUCUAUGUAACUUUAUGAAUUUUAGCAACCAAAAAACCUGUCUCUUAAAUCUAUGUUGUGGUUUUGUUUUCUCUUGAAUUCACAAUUUUAUUUUUUUCAUUGUUGCCAUGGUAAUCAGCAUUACUGUUUGACAGUAACAAUCAGACACCGUCCAUUAUACAAACUGUGAUAUAAUAUUUUGUCAUUCAAUAUGUAUUCAUUUUUUAUAAAUUAUAUUGUUGCUUAAAUAAAAAUAUCAUCAAAAUAUU